AUGGUGGACUCAUAUUUAACAAGUGACCUACUAAGUGUCUUCAACUCAGAUUCAAUUUCGAAUGAUACAAAGUUUGAAAAUAUUCAAAUUCUUAAAACUCACAUAAAAAAGGAUUCUAUUGAUCUAUUGAAAGUGCCCAUUUAUUUACAAAUAAUAAUGAAAGGAUUGGAAUUGAAUGACUCAAGAAUUACAAGCGUAAGUUUUAAUUCAUUAUCAUACCUAAUUAAAAGAAUCAGUGUUCAAGAUAAAUCCGGUAAAGUAUUGAAAGAUCAAAGCUUUCUUAUUCUACCCAUUUUGAUCAACAAACUUGGCAGUAGCAACACAUCAGUUGCCAAAAAGGCUCUUGAAGAUUAUUGGUUGAGCUCACCAAAUGAAGUGGAAAAGGCAUUAAAUGAAAUUUCAUUCAAUACUAGCAACAAACAACUUUUCGUUGAAUCAAUAAGAUGGAUAAUUCAAAUAGUUCAAGAUAUAAGUAAAAAAUUCAAUAUAGCAUAUUUCAUACCUGAUAUUAUAAGAACUGUAUCCAAUAAAUUAAACGAUGAAGAUAUUAUUGGUACUGUUAAUAAUUUAAUUGAAAUCUUUAUACAAAAUAACGAUACUGGUGCUGUACAAUACCUACAAGAUCAGUACAGUCUAUUUAAUUUACCAAAUGAUGGAACCUUUAUUACCCAAAAUAUAAGCAAGCCCAAAUCAGCGACCACAUCAUUGUCCUCGAAUCAACCUAUUAAAAUUAGCAAGUCAAAGUACAAAGCAGCUCCGAUGGAGGACAUUCAGAAACCCAAACAACAGGAUGAAGUCAGUUCACAAUCUUUUGAAUCAAAAUUAUCCGAGUUAUUAUCCAAAAAUAAAUAUGACCUUGAAGUAUCAAUAGCACCAAAAGAUGUUCUAGACCACAAUGAAUUAUAUAAAAUAUUUGAAACGUAUAGUAAUCAUUUCGAAGGAAAGGAGACCGAAUCCAAUUGGAAAUUAAGGGAAAAAAGUAUCGUCGAGGUAAGAAGUCUAGUAAGAGGAUCUGCAUCUAUUAAGUUUCUGUCAGAAUUAAUUCAAUGUUUAAAGGCUUUUGCAAUCUCCCUAUGUAAAGGAGCAAAUUCAUUGAGAACUACCUUAUGUACUCAUAGUUGUCAAUUAAUUAAAGAAUGUGCUAUAAUCCUUGAAACCGAAUUCGAUGCUUGUGCUGAAUUAAUUUUUCCUACUUUAAUGAAACAAUGCUUAUCAACAAAGAAUAUCACAUCAUCUAACGCCAAUAUGGCGGUUGCUGCUUUAUUUGCAAAUCUACCUUACAAUCCAAGAUUACUAAACAGAGUGUCAAGUUCAAUGAUAGAAAGAAAUCAUCAACCUAGAUUAUUCUCAGCAUUAUGGUUACAAAUUUUACUUUUAAGGUAUUCCAUGAACAACUCCUUUUUUGGAAAUCAUUUAACACAAGUUAUCGAUGUAUCGAAUAAAUUAUUGAUUAAGUUAUUGAAAGAUGCAAAUCCAAAUGUUAGACAAACAGCGAAAGAUUGUUAUUGGUGUUAUUCACAAAUCCUUCCAGAAGAGUCAGAAAAGCUUGUCAAACGGUUGGAUCAAAACACGGUGAAAGCUUUAGAAAGAUCUCAACGUUCGUCUAGGAUUCAAACAAAUGCUGCUGUAAGAUCUUCGAGACCUUCUAUGCGGGAAACAAUAUCUAGUAAACACCGGGAUUCACGUAUGGAGCGUCCUUCUUCAAGAGCAGAAUCAAGAGAAUCUUCACAAAAUUCAAUUGCUUUAUCAUUACCCAAACGAAAUCAUAGAGUGGACAGUAAUCCGCCUCAAUUUGUAACUAGACCUACACCUAGAGCAUCAAGUUUGAAUCCACAACCCAAACAAAACAAUACCAUUGACAGGGCAAGGAGUAGAACUGAAGUAUUAAAAGCUUCUCCCUUGGAAAAUGAAGAAUCAUACCCUGAAUUAUCAAAACCUGAAUUUAAAGAACCUCCAAAAAAUAAACAAGAUGUUAUGAUUGAGUACUUUGCAUCUAAAGAUGCUGACAUAAUUUACGAAGCAAUUGAUAUGUUGAUUACUGCAAUUCAUGCUAAAGAAGCUUUUGUUAAUUCAUAUGCAUUGAAAAGUAAAUUAAGAUACAUAAGUGAAAAAGAUCCAUUCCUAUUGAAACAAUUAUUUCCAUCAACUAACAAUGAGUUAUUCAAAAAAUCAUCUAAAUUAUUUUCAAUUGAAGAUUUCAAUAGAACUUGUUUUAUUUUAUUCAAUGAUAUCGAUCAAAAUACAAUUGAUUUAAUUUGUUCUUGUUUUGAAAUAUCAGAACUUAUUGAUACAUAUUUAAGAUUAUUAAAUUAUAUAAUUGAUUAUCCAAAUAUUCCUGGAAAUAAUAAUUUUAAAUUACAAAUAUUAAAUUAUCAAUUCAAAAUUGCUCAGCUGUGUUUACAAGCCCUCCUGAUCAUUUUCAUUAAAACUCCAAUAUCAGAUGUUCAAUUUGGUGAUAUUUUCAAUGUAUCAGUUUCAUUAAUCAUGGUUUUGAAACAACAUCAGAAAUCAUUUUAUCUUUUAAAACAAUUAUUUUGUCAGUUAUAUUCAAAUGAUUGUAAUAAAUUUUUACAAUUAUUAGAUGAUAUUGAAUUUAAUUUAAAGGAUGAAGUAGAAUCAAUAGUUGGUAUAGACAACAAUGUAAUGAUGAUUAUUGACAAACCUUUGGAUGAUUCAGUAUUUGAAAUGACUGAAAUAAAUCCUGGUAAAAUUGGAAAAUUUGAAGUUGAUGGUGUUAUAAAUGGUGGAUUCACAAUGGUUGUUCCAAAUAAAUUUCCAAAUUUUGAACAUAAUUCUGAUGUGGAACGUAUUGAAGAAGAUGAACAACUUGAAGACAAUCCCGUUAAUGAAUCUUUUAAAGAAACGUCAUUUGAAGGUAAACCUUUCAAAUUGGUCAAACAGAGAACAUCAAAUCAUAAAGAUGAACAUGAAGAACAAACGUUAGCUGAACCUUCCGAUUCAAUCAAAUUGAAAAAUCCAAAAUCUUUAAUUGAUGAAUUUUCACAAAUAAAUAUAGCUCCACCACCUUAUGAUAGUCAUUCCCAUUAUAAUCACAAUCCUAUUAAGUCUCCUACUAUGGAGUCAUUACAAACAAUGAUUGAAAAGGUUGAUCCAUUAAACCCAAUAUCCAAUAAGAUUCGUAAAAUCAGUAUUUAUGAAGAUUCAGACUCAAGUAGAACUAACGAUACUAAACACAUUAAUCAUCAUAGUGAACUCAAAAAUAAUCAUCAAGAAUGGAAUUGGGAGAAUAUCACUUAUAAUAUCAAUUCAUUCAAAUGCAGUAGUUAUAAUAUUGGUAGUAUUUCCACUAUUGAUCAAUUUAAUUCAGCUUGUGAAAAAUUAUGUAAAUUUAUAAUUACUAAUCAAGAUGAGGAAGAAGAAAUUAAUAGAUUAAUAUUAAAUUUAUCAUCAACUUUAGAAAGUUUAACAACUACAAAUUAUGAAUUUAGAGAAUAUUUUUUAAAAGAUGGGAAAUAUAAAUUAUCAAAUUCUUUAUUUUUAUUUUUGAAAGAUUUUACAAUUAUAAAUCAAACAAACGGUAAUGGUGGUAUUCAAAAUCAUAAGGUUGAGCAACACCAAGAACAAAAUGUUUUAGAUUUAUUAUAUCUUUUAAAAUUAAUUUUAAAAUAUGAUGAAUUAAUUGAUCUUGAUCAAGUAUGGAAUUUACUUAAAAAAUUAAAUUCUUUACUUAAAAUUGAAAAUCAAUUAUAUUAUGCAUGGAUUGAAAUUUUAAAACAAAUAAAUUUAAAUAAUAAUUUGAAUUUAAAAAUGUAUGAAAUAAUUAUUAAUGAAUUGGAAAUUUUGUCAACUUCGGAUGCUACUACCAAUCCAAUUAUAUCAAAUCAACAAACAAGUCAAGUAAUUAUAAUAAAUUUAUCAUUAAUUUAUUUAACAAAUUUUAUAAAUGAUUUAAAAAUUUUAAAUUAUCAAGAUCAAAUAAAUUUUAAAAAAUUAGAUAAUUUAAUUAGUAAUUUUUUCAAACUGGAAAAUAUUUAUUUAAGAAAAAAUUCAAUUAUAUGUUAUUCAAAAAUUUUUAAACAUGUUCCAAUGUUUAAUUCUGAAAAUCUGCAAAUGCUUUUACAAUUGAAAAAUAAAUAUUCUAUUUCUCAACAAAGAUUAAUUGAAUUUUAUAGUCAAAAAUAG